GGCACAAAAAAAAGCAGAAGCGGCAGCCUUGGGAAUCUGACCCUCCCCUGGGAGAUUUCGGGGGUUGAGGUCUCAGGUCCAGCUGGGGCCCAGUGUCGUUGCAGGUGGUGUCUGUGCUGCAAACGGGGCCAUGUGGCUGCCCUCAGCUCUGCUGCUUCUCUGGGUCCCAGGCUGUUUCUCUCUGGGUGGCUCCAACACCGUGACGGGCUCCGUGGGGGGAUCCCUGAGCGUGCAGUGUCCGUACAAGGAGGAGUACAGGACUGCAAAGAAAUACUGGUGCAAAGGACGCUUUGCUGUAUUAUGUGACAAGAUCGUGGAGACGAAAGACUCAGAGAGAGAAGCAAGGACAAGCCGAGUGUCCAUCACAGACCACCCUGAAAACCUGAACUUCACGGUGACCAUGCGGAGCCUCACGGUGGAGGACACAGGCACAUACUGGUGUGGGGUCGACAAGCAAUUUCUUGAUGUCACCUCUGAGUUUGAGGUGACCGUGUCCCCAGCAUCAACACCGGUGGUGCCUACAACUAUCACCAUAGUCACGACCUUGACAGUCACAACCGAAGUUCCGACUGUGCCGUCCACUGCCCUGUCUGCAGUGAGUGCCACCUGCAGUGCCAGCAUCCAGGAUGAACCCCAGAAGAGCUUCGGCCCACGGCUCUCUCUGCUGCUCUCCUUAUUAGCAUUUCUGCUGCUGCUGUUGGUGGGGAUCUCACUGCUGGCCUGGAGGAUGUUUCAGAAACAGGUCAAAGCUGGUGAGCCUCCGGCGCUGUCCCAGGGCCCCAGGCAGGCUGCCGAGCAGAGUGAGCAACACUACGUGAAUCUGGAGCUGCUGACCAGGCCCCUGCGGGAAGAGCCAGUGCCAGCGAGGCAGGUGGAGGUGGAGUACAGCACCUUGGCUGCCCCCAGGGAAGAGCCUCACUACACCUCGGUGGUGUUCGACCACCAGAGCCAGGGCUCUAACGCCCACGGAAUUUCUGCCCAGAGGCCCCGGGAGAAGGAGCCCGAGUACAGCGUGAUAAGGAAGAAGUAGACCUCGGUCCAGCCUUGACAUCUGGAGCUCUCCUUGGCCCCCAGGAAGCCCAGGAAUGGCCCCUGUAGCCCUCACCCACAUCCCCCUCAGCCUGCUGUCCUCGACGGUGACAAUGGCAGGCAGCUGGGGUCCCUGCGGCUGUCCCUCUUGCACCAUCAACCCAGCCAGCUUCACUGAGGACAGGCAGGGACAGGGGUUCUGGGGGACCAUCUCAUCUCUCCUCUUUGUCCUUGUUUCAUCCCGGCUCUGUGUGUGGAGCAUGCAGCUCCUCCAUCCUGUCCCGGGUGGCUCCAGGAAAAGACGUGGCUCAGAUAGGACGGCACCUGUGAAUGGCUUUGGGCAUCACAGCCCCAGAGCAAUGGCCGGGACUGCCUGGGCGUGGGCAGAAUAAAAUGCAAAGAUAUGUGUCCACGAGCAGCCAACUCAGGAACACCAAAGAUCAAAUCCCUCCCCAUUUCACAGACAAGGAAACUGAGGCCCAGAGAGAUGAGAGACUGUGUGUGGCUUUGGAACUGGUGGCAUCUCCUGUGGACUCUUAGCGAGGAUUAUUUUCCAACAUAAGAAGGAUAAAUACAGUUUCAAACAUCUCGCCGAGAGAGAAGAACAAAGCUGUUGAAACAACGCCUGCUCUGUGUCUGCGAUCUUACACUAAGGAAAGCUCGCGGCUUUGAGGGCGUGGCAUGUUGGGGACCUCACUGAGGGGGAGAGGGCCGGGCACAGACGCUUCUCUCCAGGACGGAGAGUUUGCUUGUCGGGAGAUUUUAAAUUUGGGGCGAGCAGUUACCCAGGCUGUUUUGAGUCUGCAGCAGCCACCGAUGGC